AUGGUGGACCUGUUCAAGUGGUGUCUGUCGCAUACAUAUUUCGCUGGUCGUAUAACUGGAGUUUUAAACUUUGAAAUCGAUCUGAAAACGGGUCGAGCUAAAGUUACCCGGAAAGCUACAAUAUGUGCCGCCUGCUCGAACUUGGUGGUGUACAUCAUGCUGGCCUGCUAUGUGAUCAACGUACAAAGAGUGGUCACAGUUUGGGCAAUGACUAACCGUCUUCAGGAAUACAUUCUAGUGGCUUUAUCGGUGUUUCGCAUUAUUUGCGUUUCCCUGUCUCUAGUCAGUCGAUGGUGUAAUCGUCGGGAAUUUGUGCAGCUCAUCGACUCGUUCAGCCGGCAGUUUGGUCCGGAGAUACUUCCGUACUGCCGGAGAAGAAUCUAUUGCAAGAUUUUUAGCACGACAGCGGUGAAUUUAAUACAGUUCAUCAUUAUUCUGAUUGCGAGGUGGAAGCUGAAAGAUUUAUCCACGACUCUUAGUAUCCUAGGCCUUUUUAGCAUAACAGUCGUUAUAAGCAUGAUCAUUAUGCAGUACUUUAUUGCCAUGGCGAACAUUAGAGCGCGAUACAUCCUCCUGAACAGAGAGUUAAAAGCGAUUGUAUCAGAAACUCAAAACCUGAAUCCCAAACAGGUUGGAGUUUUUGUGACCUCAUGUUGCAACCUGGCUGAUCGCCUCGAAAAAGUUGCUAAAGCACAAUCUGAUUUACAAGCGUUCAUCGAUCGUUUGACUACAGUCUUCGAAGUUGAGGUUGUCUGCCUAAUCGUAACUUACUUUGCAAACCUGGUGGUGAACCUAUAUCUACUAUUGAGCAUAAAUGAAUUCAAUAUUAUUUCAAAUAUAUCCCUCGAUUUCCUAACAUGUAUCUUCACUGCCCUUAAUGUAUUUUACUUCGUCGAUUUCUGGGUAAACGCGUCCAAUAUAUUUUCCCUGCUGGAUGCCCAUGAAGAAAUGGUCGUACAACUAAGUCAGCGGACUUCAUUUCAAGUUCUGGACCCCAGAUUAGAGACAGUUAUCGAUAGCUUCAAUCUGAACUUGGCCCGAAAUCCAUUCAAGCUUCGAUUCCUCGGUUUAUUUAAAAUUGAUCGAUUUGCAUUGUUUGCACUAAUCAACUCAAUUUUAGGACACACAAUAGUACUGGUUCAAAUUGAAUUUGAAAAUAAGUAG